AUGUAUCUUGAAGCCUGGGUUAAAUCUGACUCACUACUCGCUAGUAACCUGAACCCUGGUGGCUGGGCCGAGUUCAUGGACAUGAGCGGCGAGUAUUACUCAGAUGAUGGGACCUUGACUGAGGAACACGCUACCCGAAAGUGGAACAAAACACUUGUAGACGCUAUCGUGACAAUGGGCCGUGAAAGCCGUCCGGGUCCUAAGCUGGAGGGCUGGGUUCGGGACGGUGGGUUCGAGAACAUUUUCCACAAGAAAUUCAAGGUCCCGAUUGGCCCCUGGGCAAAAGAACAACACCAUAAAGACGUAGGCUGGAUGAACUUAUCGCAGGUUCUUCAAGGGCUCGAGGGCUUUACUAUGAGAGUUUUUACCGGCGUUCUGGACUGGACCCCGGAAGAGGUGACAGUGCAGCUUGCUCAAGUUCGCAAGGAACUCAAGAACUUCCACACGUUCCACGCUCAGUUUGAUAUACACGUCGUCUAUGGGCAGAAGUCUUUGGAAAAGACUGAAUGA